AUGCGGGUGCAGAGCUUCCCUUCAACCACACGCCAUGGCAGAUUUACGACAGUCGAGGUUGUCGGUGCAUGGCCUCCCUGGCCGCGAGCAUCGCGAGCAUCGUCGGGAGCCUGUCGUGCCCACCCGCGAGCGGUUCGGGGUUCAGCGGCAGACGCUGCCGGCGGGGCAGCUUUGCAACCUCGGGUCGAGACGAGCCCGUCGACGGAGGCCAGCCGCGCCCGAGUGGGGACGGCAAGCUGCUCGAACAACAGCCGCGCCAGCCCACGGCCGAGUCAGCUGCCUCGGGCCGUCAGCUCGCGGAGCCUCCGCCGCCAGCUCUACGGGGCAGGCGGGCAGGGCGCGGUCGCCCGGAUCGUGCACGCCAGCCACGAGGACCUCGCCCAGGCGCCGAAGGUCGCGGUAUUUGCGCUCCACAGGCUGGCGGCGCUCGCAGGUGCGCCGCCAGGGCCGCACGCUCGGAGGCAGGCGUCGAGGACCGCGGAGCGGCUCGUCAGCGCCAUCGGCAACCCGGAGGGGCUCGAUCACAAGGAGUGGGCACAGAUGGUCUGGGCUUUGGCACGGCUGUCGCACCCGCUGGCAUCUGACAGGAUCACAGUCGCCGCUACCGCAGGACGGGCGGCGGAGUUUGCCGUGCAGAGCGUCGCCAACGUGCUCUGGGCCUUUGCAGUCGUUCGCGCAGACCAGUUCACAAGUAUCCUUCCACUCGCAGCGGCAGCACAUGGACGCAUUGCAGAGUUCGGUCAGGAGGAACUGUGUGCCAUGGCAUGGUCGUUGUCCAGGCUGCAGGUGCCCAACUCGGGCCUCGCCGAGGAAGUUUUUACAGGGCUUGCCAGGGAGGCGUUGCGGCGAGACUUGGAGGGUUUUGGCGCGCAGUCUGUCAGCAAUGUGAUGUGGGCGCUCGGUGCUUGGGGGCCCACAGCUACGCCGUGUCUUGAGGGGUUCGCCCAGACGCUGGCAGACGUACAGCGUUGCGCUUUUCGACGUGACCUUCUUUGGGUGAGCUUCAAGACCCAUCAGCUCUGCAAUAUUUGUUGGGCUCUUGCAGCCAAGGCAGCAGGGGACGCAGUCAUCGCAACUGCAUCAGAGGAGCUCCUGUCGCGCGACCCUCAUGACUUUCAGGCACAGGAGAUUGUGAGCCUUGUUUGGGCGCUGGGGACAUUUCGGCUGUCCCCCAGCCCCGUGCUGCAGGCCGCAGCUGUGCGGCAGGUGUCUGCUUCCCCUCUUCCUGCCCGCGACCUCGCCAACCUCGCGUGGGCUGCUGCGCAGGUCCGAGCGUCCGCGGCGCUUGGCGGGCUCGCAGGCCCGCUGUUGCGGUCGGUGAGCGCACGGGCGUUGCAGACGGGCUUGGCCGAGUGGACCGUGCCGAGCAUCGCCAACGUGCUGUGGGCGAUCGCAGCCACUACUGCUCGCGACCUCCCGGGCUUCGUGAACGCUGCCGUGGGCACGCUCAGGGUGCGGCGCCGAGAGGAGGUCUGGGCCCCGAGGCACUUGCCGAGCCUGGCCUGGUCCAUGGCCAUCCUGCCGCGCAGCGACGUCGACCUCCUGGCGGCCUGCGCGUCGGCAGUCUCUGCGCGGGCGUCGGAACUGCGCGUGUCUGGGCUGGCCAACGUCGCGUGGUCCCGCGCAGCGCUGAUGCUGCCCGACGAGGCGCUCUUCCGCGCCGUGGCACGCGCAGCCGUGCGGCAGGUGGCCGUGGAAUUGCCAGACGAGCUCGCGCGCAUGAAGGUGUCGCCAGGUGCAUCGCCUGAGCUGGCGGUGCCUCUUACGCAGUUGGCAUGGUCGUUUUCUGUUUGCGGCUUCGACUGUGGCGUUCUAAGCACUGCACGUCAGGCGCUACUGGCCAUCGGACGCUGCAUGGACGCCGCAGCGCCCGAACCCGAUCUUCAGCGCUGGCAUGACCAGGUGCUUUCGCCAGAAGACUGUACCGAAAGCGGUCAUGAACAGUCCGAGCCGAGGGUGGUCCGGCAGGGGUCAGGAUGGUGCGUGCUGCUGAAGCCACCGGAUUGGGAGGUUGACACGCGCGAAACAGACAGGGCAAAGAUGUUGCAAGGUGGCCGGCGGCCGUUGUCCGCCUUCUUGCGCAGCACCUUCGACACGCCAUUGAGCAGGCGGGUGGAUUUGGACUUUGGCUUCCUGCACCGCCUGGACACGCCCUCGUCUGGACUCAUUGUGGCCGCGCUGUCCUUCGAGGCACUCUUCAAGUUGAGGUGGGUCGCCGCGACGCGCGGGAUGUCCCGCGACUACCUCGUGCUCUGUCACGGCGCCAUCGUCCGCUCAGAGCUCGUCCUGGAUGGCCGUGUGCGGGUGGAUGGCGCUGGGCCCAGCGUGGUGGCUAAGGACGGGCUGCCCGCGCUGACCAUGGUGCGCGUGCUGGGCCACUUCGGCCCGCCCUUGGGCGGCCGCGAGCUGGUCGAUUACUCGCUGUGCGUGUGCUCGAUUGAGACUGGGCGCCGCCACCAGAUCCGUGCACACCUCGCUGACGCGGGCCACCCGCUGGUCUGCGACGGGCGCUACGCACCGAGGCUCCUGGCAGCCGAUCUGCGUCUGUGCCCCCGCAGCUUCCUGCACCGCUUCCGGCUGCACUGGGAGGGCGCGGGCGCAGUGGAGGCGCGGCUGCAGCUUGUCCUCGGGUGCGCGCGCAAGGUCGGCUUGGACGUGGACGAGGCGGCCAAAUUCGCUGGCCUCGGUGCCACGCACGUACAGCACGCGGGUGAGCUGGCGUCCGAGGCGGGCGCGCCCGUGGUGUCCCCGCACCACUUCCGCUUCAGUGUGAUCUCGUUGCGCCCGAUGGCGGAGCUUCCUUCCAGCUGUGCGCAGGUGCUCGAUUGGACCUGUCUCCGCGGGAGAAGUGUGCUGGCUGCCCUCGCCGGAGCGACGGGCGCCGGCACCGUCGCCUCGGGGGCCCGGGCGCCGCGGAGGCGCCUCGCGCGGGCGCCCGCGCUGGGGCCUAGGCGACGCACCACGGCCCGGGCGCUGGACAGCGUCGACGUGUACGGCCGGCUGCUGUCCAAAAUCGGCGAGGCCAGCGAGUACGGGAAUGGGCCGCCCGCCGUCGAGCCAGUUGUGAAGGUCUUCUGCGUGAACUCCGCCCAGCGCCCCUCGGAGCCCUGGGCCUCGAAGCCCCAGCGCGAUGGCAGCGGCGCCGGCUUCUUCAUAGAGCACGGAGGAGAAAAAAUGAUCAUGACGAAUGCGCACGUCGUCGCUGACGCCACGUACGUGGAAGUGAAGCGAGCCGGCGAUGCCUCCAAGUAUCAGGCGACAAGGGCGAAGAUAGCGCACGAGUGCGACUUGGCCUUGCUGACGGUGGAGGACCCAGAGUUCUGGGAGGGGAUGGUGCCGAUGUCCUUCGGGGGCAUGCCCCACCUGCGGGACGAGGUGGCCGCCGUGGGGUACCCCGAAGGCGGAGCGGGCAUCUCGAUCACCCAGGGCGUGGUCUCCCGCAUCGAGGUUAGGCAGUACGCUCACUCGGGCCGGUCUCUGCUCACAAUUCAGAUCGAUGCCGCGAUUAACCCCGGCAAUUCUGGAGGGCCGGCUCUCAACGAGGCAGGCGAGGUCAUCGGCGUCGCCUUUCAGAACCAGAGCCAGUCGCAGAACAUCGGGUACGUCAUACCAGUGCCGAUAAUAACCCAUUUUUUGAAUGAUGUGGACCCCAAGGAUCACCACCGUUGCUUGGGGUUCUGUUCGCUGGGAGUGAAGUUUCAGAAUACGGAAAACGAGCAGUUGCGGGCCAACUUGAAGUUGAAGGAUGGCCAAACUGGCGUCCUCAUCUGCAGAGUGUCCCCGACUGUCAUCACAAAGCAGUUCUUGCAGCGUGGAGAUGUGAUCAUGAAUAUAGAAGGUCAUGACAUAGCAAACGAUGGAACCUUCGCGGUGGGCCAAAAGGAGCGGCUCUCUUUCCAGCACUUGAUCCAUCUCAAGUAUGCGGGAGAGGAGGUGCGUAUGAAGGUCUUCCGCCAAGGGGAAGAGCUGGAGCUCUCGGUGCCCACUUGCCCUGUACCAUCCCUUGUGCCAUCGACCAUCUACGACGAGAAGCAGCCGUACUUCCUGUACGGCGGGCUCAAUUUCAUGCCGCUCACCAAGACGUACCUGCAGGAGUGGGGGCAGAGAUGGCUGUCGGACGCACCCGCUGAGCUGCUGCUGCUGAUGUACGACAACGUCCAGACGAUACCCGAGGAGCAGCCCAUCAUCCUCAGCCACGUCUUCCCGACGAGGCGGACCGCCGGGUAUUCCGACAUGAUCGACCAGAGGGUGGUGGGCGUCAACGGAGAGCAGGUGGUCAACCUGAGGCAGAUGUACGAGCUGGUGCAGCGCUGCCACCGGGCCGGCGGCUUCGUGGAGUUCGAGCUGCACAGCCGGGGGGGCAACCAGACGCUCGCGAUCGAGACGAGCACCGCCGACAGCGUCACGGCCGAGGUGAUGCGGACCUACAAUGUGCCGCACGCCGCCUCGGUGGAGUUCCGGGGCGCGGGCGGCGGCGACGGCGCGGCGGCCGCGUGGCUCCGACACGUCUCUGAGGCUGGCAAGCGGCCGGCCCGCGGCGCAGGGAUGACCGUCGCGAAACAGUGCUGCGGGUGGCGGUGCUACGUGGGCGACAGGGCGCUUUGUUUUUCCGUUUUAGGUCGCCGCCAGCUGCGGGCGAACUGCCAGGAGCAGAUCGGCGCCCGCGCCUGGUUUCCUUACACUGGGCAUUCGAGCCACGCGGCCCUGGCAGGUCACCAGACCAAUCGCAUGGCGUGGGCAGUUCCAUGUCACAGUAAGCGCUGCAGGUCGACUUCACGUGAUCGGUGGUGGAACAUGUCAGACUUCAUGCGGUGCAGCAAGUGCCAGCAGCACAAGAGCUCGGCGCUCGCGUUUUCCAAGGUUCCUGAGCUGCCAUCACAGCGAGCUGCAGGGCCAUCCAGCAGUGCCAAUGCGGAGCAGGAGCUCAGGUCUGACGAGCCCAUGGAGGUGGACGACGGCGACGCGGGCCCUGAGGGCGACAUGAAGAUGCAGCUGGCAAAGGUCGCGGCUAACAUCAAGCUGUCGAGGGCAUCGACGCAGUUGAAGUCAAGAAGGCGCGCGCGAACCUCAGGGAGCGACAGAGUACGUUGCGCGGGAAGUUGGCGGCUGCCAAGCCGCUGGACACGCGCUCCAAGAAUGCAUCCUUUCCUGCGCGCCACUCUCCAGAAGAAGUCGGGGCACCCAGAGGCCGCAGUGCAGGCCCUCCAGGAGAAGAUGCCAGCAGCGGCUGCGGCGGUGGCGAAGGCGCAGCGUGCGCUGGGCGAUGCCGAGAAGGAGCUGUUCGAAAUGGUGGGAUCUCAGCGCGCGCCCGUGGCGGGGGCGCCCUUGCCGCGCGCGGGCGGGCGCGGCGGGCUUCAGUCGCAGCGCCGGGUGCUGGGCGCGGCGGCGGACCUGCCCGUCGAGCCUUCGGGCGAGCUGCCGCCGGGUUUUGAAGCCCCAGGCGGCGCGGCGGAGAAAAUGCGCGGGGCGCUCGAGGAAGCGCGCGCGGCCGAAAAGGCUCAGGCGGACCAGAUCAGGCCGCGGGCAGAGGCUCACGCAGCUGCAGCGGGGCGCCGCGUGGUCUCGGCGAAGGCGCCCGACGCAGCAGGCGGGGCGCGAGUGGCGGAGUCGCAGUUCUGGCUCCAAGGAAGGUACCAGCCAUUGCGAGGCCAGUCUGUGCUAGCUCCGAGUCCUCAGGAGGACUGCCGGCGCAAGGGCCGCGGCGUUCUGGAGGACUGGGCUCGCGCCCGGCGGGGGUCGCCGGACCGCCGUCUCGGGGACGUCGGACUCAGCGCUGGUUUGAGGGCCCUGACUGCGGAGCUGUGGGUGCUGAGGGGCGCGUUCACGUCCCUCCUUCUUGUGGCGCCCAUGAGGCGGCGGCCCAGAGUGCGCGGGGCGGGCGGCCGCGCGGGCGCCAUGCGCGCCGCCGCAGCAUCGCCGAACCCUCGGUGCCGCGCGGGCCUCGUGCGGUGCCGCGGGCGGCCAGCUGGGCCGGGCAGGCGGCCCGGAAAUCCGCGCGCGCUGCCGCCCGGGCGCGCCCUCGUCAGCGGCGCCUGGGGCUGGGCCGCGGUGCUGGUGGCCGCGCUGGCGGGUGCUGCUGCGGCGCCCGCGGGGGGCUACUACGACGUCCUGGGCGUGGGCCGCGGGGCCGACGCUGCGGAGAUCAGGAGGGCGUACCGGAGCGGGGCGCUGAAGUGGCACCCCGACAAGGCCGGCGGCGACCGGGCCGAGGCGGAGGGCCGCUUCCGGCAGCUGGCAGAGGCGUACGAGGUGCUGAGCGACCCGGGCGCGCGGGCCCGGUACGACGCGUCGUUGGACGGCGCGGGCGUGGCGCAUUUCCAGUUCGAGUUCGCUCAGAGCGCGGACGACGUCUUCAAGGAGUUCUUCGGCGGUGCGGAUCCCUUCGAGCAGGCCUCCCGGGAGGUCGAUUCCGUGUUCCAGCAGAUGUCGGAGGAGGUGAACCGCGUGGUGGGGGGCUUGGGCUCCAUGUUCGAUUUCAGCGGAAUCGCCAGCGGCUUCGGGUUCAGCUUCUCCAGCUCCUCCAGCACAGUCUCCGACUCUGGCGGCGACAGGACCACGACUCGUUUCGAGCACCAAGAGACCGCAGUCGGGCCAGACGGCACCGUCAGCACGCGCCGCGUGGUGUCGGACACGAGCGGCGACGGCGAGGCGAACCGGGCCCAGGUCCCCGUCCCUGGCGGCGACAGGACCACGGCUCGCUUCGAGCACAGCGAGGCCGCAGUCGGGCCGGACGGCGCCGUCAGCACGCCCCGCGCAGUGUCGGACGCGAGCGGCGGUGGCGAGGAGGCGGCUUCCAGGAGCCGCGGCCCCGAGCGCGUGCCCGACGGCUCGCUGCGGGCGGGCGGGCGCGCGGGCGACGAGGGCCUCUGCGCGACGGCCGCGGCGGGCCUGCGAGUGGACAUGGAGCCGGCGGACGGUGCGAUCAAGCACGUCGAGGGGUCUGCGUGCUGCGCCGUCUCGACAGACCCGUCCGCCACCACGCAGCACGGGUGCUGCCUGCGCUGCGCGGAGCGGGCUGCCUGCUCCGUUUUCGUCUGGGCGCCCUCCUCCGGGUCCUGCUGGCUCCUGCGCUGGAGCGCCUCGGCGGGCGAGGGCCAGCUCGCGCCGGCGAGAGACCGCGUGACAGGCGCGAUCCCGCGCGAGCGUACCUGA